GUUACUCUUUUUUUUUACUUUGCUGCAGAGUCGACGUUUGAGUUUCUGCCAAUCCUGUUAUCGAUGACCUGGGAAUAAUCUAUGUUAGUCAUUUCAAAAAAAUAAAUAAAUACACAAAAGCUAAAUAAAGUCUGCUUUUGAAUCAGUAUAUUCUGGCAGUUACAACGUAUAUUGUGGUACUAUAGGUGUGUAGCCUGUAGGAGCUGUGCUAUUUAUGGUUUCGCUCUGCACAGUCUAUGCUAAUAACGAGGAAAUACAAGUGUUUUGGUUUUUCGUUAUUACCUGUGUUUUCAUUGACCGAAACCAUUUUCGGUUAACAUAUGGUGAAUGAUAAAAAAUAAAAAAAAGCUUUAAGUUACUUAGCCUACACUGUAUCCAUCCACUGUCUCGUGCACAGUUGUGGCGGUGGGUGGAGGCACCGUAGUGGCCCAUACAAGAAUAUCCAGUUGGAGACUCACUGGUCAGAGAGAUCUCUGCUCAAAGGACAACGUUUUCGCCACCAGAAGAUACCCAGCAGUGUGACUAUGGACAAGAGCGCACUGUCGGAGAGACUGGCUGAAGCAGGCCAGUCUCACAUCCUGCAGUUCUGGGAGGAGCUGAGCCCAGAGGAGCAAGCUGGCCUGGCUCAGGACCUGCAGGGGAUGGACCUCCUGGAGGUCAACGGCUUCUUCCAGGCUGCCAUGGAGCUGUCGGGCAGCGCCAAGCAGGAGAAGGUGGACAACCACAUGGAGCCGAUCCCACGGGGGGUUCUGGGCAGCGUGACCAGGGACAGGGACUCCCUGCAGGCCUGGGAGGAGCAGGGUCUGCGCUGCGUGUCCCAGAGCCAGGUGGCCGUGCUGCUGCUAGCGGGGGGGCAGGGGACCAGGCUGGGGGUCUCCUAUCCCAAGGGGAUGUACAACGUGGGUCUUCCCUCCCACAAGACCCUCUUCCAGAUCCAGGCUGAACGGGUCCUUAAGCUACAGCAGCUGGCUGAGAGCAAACACAACACCAAGUGCUCCAUACCCUGGUACAUCAUGACCAGUGGCAGGACCAUGCAGUCUACCAAGGACUUCUUCAGCAGGCACAGCUACUUCGGCCUGAGCCCAGACAACGUCAUCUUCUUCCAGCAGGGGAUGCUGCCCGCCAUGGACUACAACGGCAAGAUCAUCAUGGAGAGCAAAGCCAAGCUGGCCAUGGCUCCAGAUGGGAACGGGGGUCUGUACCGGGCGUUGGGGUCCCAGGGCAUCGUGGAGAACAUGAGCAGCAGAGGGGUGAAGUUCCUCCAUGUGUACUGUGUGGACAACAUCCUGGUAAAGGUGGCUGACCCCGCCUUCAUCGGCUUCUGUGUGACCAAAGGUGGAGACUGUGGGAACAAGGUGGUGGAGAAGACCAAUCCGACGGAGGCAGUGGGUGUGGUCUGCAAGGUGGAUGAGCGCUACCAGGUGGUGGAGUACAGCGAGAUCACCCUGGCAACCGCUGAGAAGCGCAACGCCGACGGCCGUCUUAUGUUCAAUGCCGCCAACGUGGCCAAUCACUUCUUCACCCUGGACUUCCUCCGAGACGUCGUGCAGAUCCAUGAACCCCAGCUCCGACACCAUGUGGCUCAGAAGAAGAUCCCGUAUGUAGACCCACAGGGUCGGCUCAUCACACCAGACAAACCCAACGGAAUCAAGAUGGAAAAGUUUGUCUUUGACAUCUUCCAGUUUGCCAAGAAGUUUGUGGUGUUUGAGGUUCUGCGCGAGGACGAGUUCUCUCCUCUGAAGAACGCGGACAGCCAGGAUGGUAAGGACACGCCCAGCACAGCCAGACACGCCCUGCUGUCACUGCAUCACCGCUGGGUCCUCAACGCCGGGGGACACUUCAUAGACGAGAACGGGACACGCGUGCCCGCCAUACCCAGUCACGUCGCAGCAGAAAGCAUCUCAACUGAUGUCAACAUGAACCUGAAAGACGGAACAGACCUGCCAAUCAAGUGUGAGAUCUCCCCGCUUGUGUCAUACGGAGGAGAGGGCCUGGAGGAGCUGGUGGCGGGAAAGGAGUUCCGUCCAACUCUGGUGAUCGACAAGGACGGAGCUCACCAGCUGGUGAAGAAUGGAGUGUGAAGGAGAGGGAGGGGAAAAGGGGGGAUGGAGAGGGAGGAGAGAGAGAGAGAGACAGAGACAGAUGUUAACCCAAAGAUCAAACGUGACCAUGUGCACUUGAGAUUCACCCCAACACCUCUUCAUCUGCUACAACAUAUACAGGAUAUAUAUAAAUAUAUAUAUCAUAAUAACAUCUCUUCACCUACUCUUCCAUACUAUACCUGAUGUGUAAAAUGCCUCCUUGCUACUUUGAUCAACAAUAUUUAUUUUUUACUUCAGACUUAUUUUUAUAUGGAUUUUUCCUGCUGUAGGUGGAAAUUACUGCAUACAAAUUGUUGUACUUUUUGAGAUUUGUGCAUCAAGGUAUCUUUAGGUACAACAUGGGGUGUAGAAUCAGGCGAGGGGAGCUUGAACACCAUGUAAUGAGAUACAUGGAUGAGGGACUUAUUUAUGAUGGUUUAAAUGUCGGCUUGUCUUCUGUGUAAUCACUUUACACGUAGCUUUGAAGGAUACAUUUAUUUUCCGUUUUCUUUAAUAAAGAAAUGUCUUACUGGGUA